CCGGCAAGGGGGUAGGUCGUAUCUUACCCUAUCGUUGAUUUUCCGCGCGUGAAAAAUGCAGUGAAGUGACAGAUGUAUAGAUCGAAAGUGCUGUGAUAAAUUAUUUCAAAGUGCGAAGUGAUUUUUCUCAAGUUGACAACUUUGAGUUUUUGAGAUAUAAUAUUUUUUUUUUUUGAGUGCACUGUAAAAUGUGUUAUAAGGAGUAAUUUGGUACUGUACCCUCGACAGCGAUGUCGUUGGAGGGGCAGCGAUGCCUAUGCGUUGUGGUGCUGCUCAUCCAUACUACGGUCAUAGGCGCUGGUGAAGGUCCAUCACCACCACCCACGUCGUCAUCAACUCCCACGGUCAAGCCUGAACAGAAUGAGCUGACUGUCACCUUCCCACCUCUGGAGGAUUUAUACAACAACACGCCGGAGAAACACUUCGGCACCGAGAACAAUACGGUUGUGACUUCACAAACCGGAUCCACAGCGUUACUACCUUGCGUUAUUAGAAACAUCGGGGAUGGAAUUGUAUCCUGGAUUAGGAGAAAGGACUACCACCUCCUGACUGUUGGUCUGACCACAUACAGCUCGGAUCAGAGAUUUCAAGCCAUACAUUUACAGCACUCAGAGGAUUGGACAUUAAAAGUGCGAUUCGUGCAGAAACGAGAUGCUGGCAUUUACGAAUGCCAAGUAUCCUCACAUCCACCCACUAGCAUAUUUCUACGUCUCGACGUAGUCGAGGCGAGAGCACAAAUCUCGGGGCCGACAGACAAAUAUCUCAAGCCCGGCUCCACACUGAGGCUCCAAUGUUCCGUAGUGCAGACAACGGAGGCGCCUGCCUUUGUUUUCUGGUACCACAACAGCAGAAUGAUAAAUUACGACAUCGAGCGAGGUAUCAACGUGACCACGGACCCUGCGCAGAGACUGUCCGACCUCCUCAUACCGGCUGCGAGCGUCUCGCAUGCAGGAAACUACACUUGUGUUCCUAACAACGCAGUGCCGGCGAGCAUAUGUGUCCAUAUAUUUAAUGAUGAAAACCCAGCGGCAAUGCAGUCUUCAUCGCCGAGUCUCAUCUCGCGUCUCAAUUCCAACGGCUUCUUAUUACCCACACUUACUACACUCCAUCUUCUACGGUGACAAUCAUUACACUAACUACCCUAGUCAUUUGCUGGUAAAGUAUAACGUACUCUAUAUAUAAUAGCUACAAAGUCCAUGUUCGCGUGAAGCGAAACGCGUCUGAGAGAGACUCAAAUGACGUCGUUACAAGCAUAAUCGGGUAAAUGAGAGUGUUAGGCACAGAUUAUUGUUUAAGUGUGAAAUGUCUUUAUUCUGUGUAGUGUAACGUACAUGUUUCAAGCACAGUAUGACAUGUAAAAUAGCAAGAUAAUUAGAGAAGAAACACUUCAAACAAAGGUACAACUUGAGAUUAAUUAGUGAGAUAUUGUACUAAAUUAUUUCAUUGCCGAAACAGUCUUAACUCGGAGCGUUUCGUUUUACGGUAAUUGUAAAAACUGAUUUUAAACAAUCAUUGUAAAGUAUAAUAGUAUGAUAUUUAAUAAGACUACUUGUAUUAUUUGUUGAUGGAAUUAUUGUGUUUAAAUCUAAUAAAAAAAGUUAACUAUCUACCAGAGAUAAGAGAUAAUAAAUCAUUUAGUUUUCAUAGUAACGCUGUCUCAGUUCAGUCACCUCUGUGACUACAUUUCAAAGGCAAUUAUUGGAUGUGGAAGUAUAAAACUUAUUCCAUGUAAAUAGCCAUGCAUAUAUCUAUAGACGACGGUUGCCACUUUCAAUCAGUUGCUUAUCACUUCAAAUUGCAUAAAAAAGUACGAUUUCAAGUCCUUAAUUUGAUGCCACCAAACCACCUAGACAAAAAACAAACGAAUCUGAUAAUAGAAUAGAAUAUCGCUAAUGAGUCCAUAACAUAGAAACCACUUAUAGAAUCGUUAUCUCUGACUAAUUUAUGAGAUAGAAUGAGAUGGCAAUGUAUGCUGUCUUAUUCUUUCUCGUUUGAGUGUCAACCGAAAAUAUUCUAUCGACAGAUACAUUUGUAACGAUGUCUAGAGAAAGUAAGUAUGUAAAGAUUUAUCAUUUUACUUUCUGUUACUUUUACGGCUAUUCACGUAAUCCUGAAAUGUGAAACUGUAGCCCUUCAACAUUUAGAAAUCAUCGGAACAGUUCAGUCGCUUCGUGAAGCCAGAGAAGAUACCAAGAAGCUCCUGUGCUUCUGGGCGGAAAUGCGCUGGCUGUACUAGCCACGACUCAUACGCACAAUGGCCCAAAUGAGAGGUUAAGCGCGGAUAAUAAAGUCCAAUUUACAUUUCUGUUACUUUAAAAAAAAAAUAACAAACCCACUUGAUAAGUGCAAAGUUUCUAUCUAUAUAUAUGGACGUCUCUAUCUUAUUUUAUCAUUAUCGAUAAAAUGAGAUGCCAUCGAUAAAUUCGUUUGCCAAUUAUCCAGAGCCCCCUAUCAGUUGAGCAACGUUUAGUUCCUAUACAGAGAUCUCAUUGAAUCCUAGUCUAAACUCUCCUAUUCUUUAAAUUUUCAUGUUCGAAUCAUUUAUAAAUUGCUUAUCACAUCCUUGGUGUUUCGGGCACAGUAAAGGACAUCACAAGCCUAUGUGUAUAAAAAAGGUGAUCAAGAAUAUUGACACUAGAGGGCACUGCCACCCUUAUGUGACUAGUAAUAGUAUUGCGAUUCACUCUACUUCUGCUGUCAGUCAUUUGUCAUAUUCCGUUCUUUACCCAUCUCGUUCAAUUCCUCUCAGUUAUUUUAUUCAAACAUCUCUAGUGGACAGCUAGCUUUAAUAUUAUAUACGUGAAUGAGUCACGUACUCCCCUUUAUUUUUAUAUUUUACACCUCUCGAGUUUUAGUUGGGAUAUCAGAUGUGUCUCAUCUUAAUGCUGGUCGUUUAAAAUAUUACACGAGAAGGCUUUUGCAGAGUGCGAUCAAACAAAAAUAAAUUCGAAAAGAUAUUUUUGGGUGAUCAUUUGAAAUAGUACAAAGAUAUUGUGUGUGGAUAUAUAUAUAUAAAAAGAAUUAGUUCAACAGAAUUUACGUCUGCAUUGAUUCUAGCCUUAUACUAAUUUUGUUAUUUUUUUUUUUAAUAUUCCAAAAAAUAUUUAUAUUAAUAUUUAAAGCGAAGGAGUUUGUUUGUUUGAACGCGCUAAUCUCUGGAACUACAAGUCGGAUUCGAAAAAUUCUUUUUGCAUUUAAUAACUCCUUUAUGGUUAUAGGCUACUCGUUAUCAUGGUAAAACCAUAAACGAAACCACGGGAUAUAGCUAGUAUGAUACAAUUAUCUUAUUGAACAGUAUAUAGUUUAUUUCCAUAUAGUUUUACUUCAAAUGAUCAUGAAAAUAAAAUAAUAAAUAGAUUUUUUUUUUAUUGUUUGAAUUUGUUUUUUAAAGUUGCCAGCACUACGGUGAUAACACAGCAGGACAUCUUAAUACGUCCGCCUUUUUUCAAAUUUCGAACAAUAAAAACAAAUGAAAAAAAAAAACAUUAUUUAGAUUAAUUUUAAUUACGUAAUUAAUCUAUAAAUAAACGUAAUAAUUUUUAUACUCCCAUUAUAUAUAUAUUUUUUUAUUUAUUGUUAGUUAUAAAUUUUACUAUGUACCAGUUGAACUAAAGUUAUGCAUUAUAUUAAUGAUUCUUUUAUUAGUCAUCAAAAUUUUUAUCAAGAGAAAGAAAAAUAUUGUAAUAUACGUACAUACAAAAUUAUUACUACACUUAUGUCAAAACUGUUUGUAAUCAUAAUUCAUUAAUUAAAUAUUUUUAAUGUAUGUAUUUCCUGAAAUGUGUAAAAUGUUUUAGUGUAAAAUAUCCACAAAGUGAUACUGGUAAUUUCUUAGAAAAUUAUAAGUUAAAUUUUUUAUUUAUUUUUUUUUAUUUUUAGUCUAAUAUAAUUCAUCUUAAUUAUCACUCUUUAUAUCUACUAUAUUCAUGGUAUGUCUUUUAUUUUCUGCCUACCCUAAUGGGAGACAGGCGUGACAGAUAUGUAUGUAUGUGUCUUUUAUUUUUAAACAUAAUAUCCAUUUAAUAAAUUAUUAUAAUGAUGAGAGUAAUGUUAAUUAUGUUUAAAAACCUAUAAAAAUAGAUAUUUUAACUAUUAUACUAUUAUUUAUUAGUAUGUUUAAAUUAUUACUGAUUUAUAUAUUUAUCUGAAUAUAAACAUAAUACCAGUGUUUUGCUCUUUUAAGGGCAAAACAAAUAAACUGAGUUGUGACCAUUUUCUGUUACUUGUUUUAUAUAUUUUGCUUUGUUUGUAUAUGCAUUCUUUUUACCUCUUUUUAAUGUGUAUGUUUGUCGUUAUUUGUGUGCUGUAAGUAAUGCAAAUAAAUUAUUUAUAAAAAUAUAUAAUCUUUUUUUAUAUUUAUGUAAACUUGUUAUCAAUUAAUCAUGUAUAUUUAUUCAUUCAUUCAUUAUUUUUACGUAGUUUUACAUUUUAUUUUAAAGUACCGCCAUCAAACAUCUCUAUUCCAUGGUUAAAUAGUGGGGAACGCCUUUAGUACUUUUAUUUAUAUAUAUUUUUGUUAUAUACAUAAAAGUUAAAUAAAUAUUUUUUUUUCUAAAUAUGAAGCAAGUAUUAUAAAGCUAUUGAAUAAAGCACCAAACAUAUAUUAAUACACGAAAGAUAUAGUGGAAAUAAAAUUUUAUACCAAACUAUGUGCCCAGUACAAUAGAAGUAAACUAAUCAUUAAUAAUGAAGUCAUCUAAAUAAAGAAAUGCCCAGUAACAGAAGUUCUAUUAAUUUAAUACAAAUAUAGCCGAAUUAUUUUCCUUCUCAGUCUAUUUUUAAUCAUUAUUACGGUAAUAUUACUGUAUGUAACAGCCAUACAUAAAUGUCAAUAUAUCUUUUUAUGAUUUCUUUAUAUCUCUAUAGAAUAUAAUAUAUACUCUUAUAAUAUAUAUUCUACCCAAAGAUAUUUAAUUCCAUUCGCUUGAGUUAUUGAUCACAAAUACCACAAAAAAAAUAUUUAUACAAUUACAUUCUGUAUAAAAAUUAUUACAAGUAUAAUUAUUAUUUUCGGCAUUACUCGCGUGUUUCACUUCGGGAUUGCUCCUCUAGUUUCGGACUAGCAUACAGCACUGUACAAGUUCCGCGCAGUGUUGCUAAGAACAUACCCGUAAAAUUGAUCUGCUAUUGAGUCCGAAACUAGUCAAGUAAUCCCGAAAGUCAAUACAGAGUACACCGAAUUUUGCCUAAUUUAUCGUUACUAAUAUUUACGAAUAUAAAGUGAGUUCGUCUGUUUGUUUUUCUAUUUAUUUAUUAUCUCUUAGCACUUUAACGAUUUAACCAAUAAUCAUGAUAUAUGGAACACACGUAUAUGUACUGUUUCUGAAAGAGAAGGCUACCCGAUCGACCCGGUUACGCGGGCGAAGUCACGGUUAAAAGCUAGUAAUUUAAAAUUGAGUAUAACUCAAAAUAAUUAUAAUUAAUCAACAAAAGUAUGAUUAUGGUUAUUUUAUAUUGGAAGCUAGCUAUUUCCCAUGGCUUCGUCUGAGCCGAUUCGUAUUCUUUCAUUUUUGUUAAAAUUUCGGGAAAUAACUUUAUACUCGUUUAUGUUAUAAAAAUUUAUCUUAGUAUUUACGUCUGUACGUUAAUAUGUUAGUUACUAACUCCUUUUAUAUAUAGUAAUAGGUAUAGAUAAUUGUUUAAUUUGUUAUUUGAAGGCAAAUCAACGUUGUAUUUUACUUUUUCCUUAUCCUAUGGGGUAAAAAAUGUUUUGUUACUAGAUUUUUCACUUAGAUGAGGAUAUAUAUGCCUACUAAUAUUAUAAAGAGAUAAAUGUUUGUAUAUAGGAGGAAAUCUUAAUAUCCCUGAAAUUGAUUACUUACUAUGAAAUGAUAGGAAUGAAGAGAUGUCUUUCAGGAUUGUCAAAGUGAUUGAAGAAGCACAG